UUAGCAAUGUAAACAAUAAAUUAUACCAAUUAGCUAAGUUUAUAGGAGAUGUCGAAUGAUAAACGAACCAUUUAUGUAGGAUCGUUGGGAGAUGAAGUCAACGAAAAACUCUUAAAUGAUGCUUUUAUUCCAUUUGGUGACAUAGCUGACAUACAAAUGCCUGUUGACUAUGAAACACAAAAGCAUCGUGGAUUCGCAUUUAUAGAAUAUGAAUGCCCGGAAGAUGCAAAUGCCGCUAUUGACAACAUGAAUGAUGCUGAGCUCUGUGGUCGUACGAUCCGAGUUAAUUUGGCAAAACCGGUUCGUAUUAAAGAGGGAAGCUUCAAGCCGGUGUGGGCGGAUGAUGACUGGUUGCAGAAGCAUGCCGGAGCAACGCUAGCUGAAAAACAGGAUGGCGAAGUAAAUAACACAGAGCAGACUCCAGAAGAAAUACCGAACGCAUCCAGCGGCCCGGCAGUCAUUGAAAAAAGUGAAAAACGGAAUCCCCAAGUAUAUUUCGACAUACGAAUAGGCGGCAGUGAUGUUGGUCGAAUUGUUAUGUUAUUGAGAGCUGAUGUUGUACCAAAAACUGCGGAGAAUUUCCGGGCGCUUUGUACGCACGAGCACGGUUUUGGCUACAAAGGCAGUAGUUUGCAUCGAGUUAUACCGGAAUUUAUGUGCCAAGGUGGAGAUUUUACGAACAACAAUGGAACGGGUGGAAAGUCAAUAUAUGGCAAAAAAUUUGCUGAUGAAAAUUUCAAUCUAAAACACAAUGGUUUCGGCACUUUAUCCAUGGCAAAUUCCGGACCAAACACGAAUGGAUCCCAGUUCUUUAUUUGCACUACAAAAACCGACUGGCUUGACAAUAAGCAUGUUGUAUUUGGUCAUGUAAUCAGUGGAGCUGAAGUUGUGCGGAAAAUUGAACGUGUCGGCUCAAAAACUGGCGCCACUUCUAGUAAAGUUGUUAUAUAUGCCUGUGGAGAAUUAAAAUAAUAUAUACAAAGACGCAUGCCCAAUAUUGAUAAUGUAUUUUUUUGUAAUGUACAUUUUAUUAAAAUAUUUAUAAAAACUUUGUUAAAAAAUA